CCAGGAGGACUGUAGCUCCAGACCACCUUUUCAUUCUUGUUGGCCUUACUUGGGAGCUGUCCAGCCUAGGCCGGUGCUGAACAUCGCCUCACAGCUUGAUACAGCAGACACAGAGAAAACAAGAUCUCGCCAUGUCAGUACUGAACGCGGUCCCUUUCCUAAGGCCAUUCCACCUGCGUUCUCCGCGGCAGCAGAGACGCCACACGCUCCCUGCCAGUGAAUUCCGGUGCCUGUCACCCGAGGAUGCGGUCAGUGUCUUUGAAAUCGAGAGAGAGGCCUUCAUCUCUGUAUCUGGGGAGUGUCCUCUCCAUCUUGAUGAAGUUCGCCAGUUCCUUACCCUUUGUCCCGAACUGUCCCUGGGCUGGUUUGAAGAAGGACGACUUGUGGCAUUUAUUAUUGGGUCUCUGUGGGACCAACACAAGCUCAACCAGGAUGCCCUCACGCUGCAUAAACCCCAUGGCUCCUCCGUCCACAUCCAUGUCCUGGCAGUCCACCGAACCUUCAGGCAACAGGGCAAGGGCUCCAUCUUGCUGUGGCGUUACCUCCAGUACCUACGUUGCCUGCCCUUUGCCCGGCGUGCUGUAUUAAUGUGUGAAGACUUUCUGGUUCCUUUCUAUUCCAAGUGUGGCUUCAAGGCCGUGGGCCCUUGCGACAUCACUGUGGGACCCCUCACUUUUAUUGAGAUGCAGUGCCCAGUCAGAGGUCAUGCCUUCAUGCGCAGGAACAGCGGCUGCUAGCACCUUUCUCCAUCUCCUAUUAAGCCAUUUGCAGGAGCGGCAGCCCUCAGGGGUUAAAUUACAUUGCAACCCCAUAACUGUAAUGUUUAUUGACCCCAACACAUGUACAUCGCAUGCGCCAUCUUGCAAGAAAGAAGUCCCCACCUCUGUAGAAAUGACUCCUCAUCUUCACAUUAUUCUAUCUGUACAAAGGCCCCUUACUUGACUGUGUGAAAAUAAAUGUUUUUCAUUUUGCUUUUUUUCUACCUCUGUUCUCAGUUUUUUUACAGAUUGC